AUGCGGGCGGUCUUGGCCGGGGGAGUCGCUGUGCUGUGCGCGCUGCUGGUCGCGGUGCUGCCCGGCUGUGUGUCCGAGCUGAUGACGGUGGUGCAGGAGCCGCUCAGAGCCGAGUCUUCCCUGCUGAAGCCAAAGGUUAUGAUCGCCAUUGUGGCUCGCAACGCGGCGCACAGCCUGCCACAUUACCUGGGCUGCAUCGAGAGACUGGAGUACCCGAAGGAGCGCAUAGCGAUCUGGGCAGCAACAGACCAUAAUGUGGACAACACUACUUCAAUGUUGAAAGAAUGGCUGAAAAGAGCCCAGGGUGUCUAUCACUACGUGGAGUGGCGACCGAUGGACGAGCCAAAAUCAUACACAGAUGAGUGGGGUCCGAAGCAUUGGCCUCCGUCACGGUUCAACCAUGUGAUGAAGCUGAGGCAGGCGGCGCUGAAGGCUGCCAGGGAACGAUGGGCUGACUACAUACUCUUUGUAGACAGUGACAACCUGUUGACAAACCCCCAUGUGCUGAACCUGAUGAUGGCUGAAAACCUGACGCUGGCUGCCCCCAUGUUAGAGUCUCGCUCGCUCUACUCCAACUUCUGGUGCGGCAUCACCCCACAGGGAUACUACAAGCGGACCCCGGACUACCAGCCUAUCAGGGAGUGGAAGCGUCUCGGCUGCUACUCUGUUCCCAUGGUGCACAGCACCUUCCUAAUAGACCUGCGUCGUGAGUCCAGCAAGGAUCUGACUUUCUACCCCCCCCACGCCGACUACAGCUGGGCGUUUGAUGACAUCAUGGUGUUUGCUUUCUCUGCUCGUCAAGCAGGCGUGCAGAUGUAUGUGUGUAACAGAGAACACUACGGUCUGCUGCCCGUCCCUCUCAAAGCACAGCAGAGUGUGGAGGAUGAGAGCGAGAGUUUCAUACACACCAUCACGGAGGCUUUGAUUGACCACGACAUUGAGCCCUCUGAGCACCUGCACUCUCAGCCGUCGCCACAGAUCACCAUGGGCUUUGAUAAAAUUAUCCUGGUUAACCUGAAGCGCCGGCUGGACAGAAGAACCAGGAUGUUGAAAACAAUGUCUUCGCUGGGUUUACACACCGUGCUGGAAGAAGCCGUGGACGGCAAGGCUCUCAAUUCAUCCCAGCUUCAGGCGCUAGGAAUAGAGAUGAUGCCGGGCUACAAAGACCCUUACUCUGGUCGAGUCCUGACCAGAGGGGAGAUCGGGUGCUUCCUCAGCCAUUACUCUAUAUGGAAGCAGGUGGUGGAGAAGGGCAUCCCAAAAGUUCUUGUUUUAGAGGACGAUGUGAGGUUUGAACCUAGAUUUAAACGACGAAUCCAGUCCAUCAUGGAUGACGUAGACAAAACCCAGCUGGACUGGGACCUCAUCUACGUGGGCCGUAAGCGUAUGCAGGUGCAGCAGCCGGAGCAGUCUGUGGACGGCGUGAACAACCUGGUGAAGGCCGACUACUCCUAUUGGACGCUCGGCUACGCGCUCUCACUGCAAGGAGCCAAGAAGUUACUGGAUGCUAAACCCUUGUCGAAGAUGCUGCCUGUCGACGAGUACCUCCCUGUCAUGUUCAACAAACACCCCAACACUGCGUUCAUGACUCACUUCGAGCCUCGGGACCUGAAGGCCUUCUCCGUGGAGCCGCUGCUCAUCUACCCCACGCACUACACCGGAGAGCCGGGCUACUUCAGCGACACGGAGACCUCCACCAUCUGGGACGACGAGGCAGUGGAAACAGACUGGGACCGGCAGCACGCCCUCAAGACGGCCCAGCAGGGCAGCAUCGAGGCCAUGGCUCAGAACAGCGUCAGCGGAGACUGCCCCCCCCCCGCAGCCCGAGCAUCCCGAGACGAACUCUGAUACACAGACUCGGAGAGAAAGACUCGUGUUUACUACGCCGUGUACACACAGUGAAUUUCACUUGUCACACACACUUGAAAAGACACUUGAACUGCAAGCUGACAUACUGUACAUUCAUUCAAACACACACACAGACUGGUGGAUAAAGCAGAGUGAAGAUGUCAAUCUGCUCUGCGGCCUGAUGAAGGGACACUGAGGAGAAGAAGA